GCUGGCUCAGAGGUGAUGUCAUGGGGAGAGCUGGCCAGCUGGGCUGAUGCUGGCAGGAGCCCUGAGUGCACUGAGUGAGUGAGUAGCGCUGGGAGCGCCAGACAGAGCAGGUGUUGGGGCAUGUUACAUAAGCCAGGAGAGGGCCACGUGUUGUUUGUUUGUGCUCUGAGACACCUCAUCGAACUUGUCAGAAAUCAGACAUCGCUUCUGCGAAGAAAACUGAAAUACUGAAAAAAACAGAAGAAUCAUCCUGGAUCAGCCCAGCCGCUCAAAUAUGUUCAUCACACAACAUGGCACCGAGGAAGCUGCCAGCCACGCUCCGUUCCCUGCCUGCCGAAGGACCUCGAGCACCAUGACUCUGGCCGCGUACAAAGAGAAGAUGAAGGAGCUCCCCCUCGUCUCCUUGUUCUGCUCCUGCUUCCUGGCUGACCCCUUGAACAAACCCGUGUAUAAAUAUGAAGCAGACACAGUCGACCUCACCUGGUGCGUCAUUUCGGACAUGGAGGUCAUCGAGCUGAACAAGCGCACCUCGGGCCAGUCCUUCGAGGUGAUCCUAAAGCCGCCCUCCUUCGACGGGAUCCCCGAGUUCAACGCCUCCCUGCCCCGGCGGCGUGACCCCUCGCUGGAGGAGAUCCAGAAGAAGCUGGAGGCGGCCGAGGAGCGGCGGAAGUACCAGGAAGCGGAGCUCCUGAAGCACCUGGCGGAGAAGCGGGAGCACGAGCGGGAGGUCAUCCAGAAAGCCAUCGAGGAGAACAACAACUUCAUCAAGGCGGCCAAGGAGAAGCUGGCACAGAAGAUGGAGUCCAACAAAGAGAACCGGGAGGCCCACUUAGCUGCCAUGCUGGAACGCCUGCAGGAGAAGGACAAACACGCGGAAGAAGUGCGGAAAAACAAGGAGCUCAAGGAAGAGGCCUCCAGGUAGAGAGGCCGGGACGGUGGCGAUUUGGACUGACAGCGCCGGUGAAGCUUUGCGGCCGAUGACGGGACAUUCCUCUGCUUGCUUUGUGUGUGAAUGUAAAGAGUUGACCAGUGAAGCCAUCCUAUUUGUUUUGGGGGUGGGUGGGGGAUGGGGAGGAGGCAGAUGGGGCGGGGAGGUGUUGGUUGGCGGGAGGACAGGAAGGGAAUAGACACACCCCGCUUGGGAAGUCUACACCCUCCCCAUGGUUUCAUUUUUACUUCCUCACCAUGCGUGUCUACGACAGAAUCCAAAGGGUCGGUGAUGCUGGUGGCCAGGGGGUGGGAGAGGCAUGUGCAGCGCGGGUGACUUUAAUUUGGGGCUAAGUGCCAAGCGGACGGGCUGCCCGGCCGGCAUCGCUCUGUAACGGUGGGCAGGGAAGUCGUCUCUCGGGGUGCGUGUCGUCUGUUCUGUGUUUUGCCAUGAACUUUGGUCAUCAAUACAAACGAAACAUCUCCUCUCCGCGUCUCGUUCUUCUUUCUGUCUCUCACAGCGGGCCUGUCGGGGGCCUGGCGCUGCUGCUGCUUCUUCCCAGAGGCUCUUGUCAGCUUUGGGAAACGGUUCCUGGCCAGCAAUUCAGUAUUGUCUGGCAUAAUGAGGAGGGUUCGCUUCCUCUUCCCCUGCCCCGCAUGAGAACCCAUUGCUUCCUCAAAUGGUGUUAUCCGGCUGUAGGAGACUUGGUUGGCUGCCGUGGCGUUCGAAAGACCCUGCGACCGCACUAAGCGUGAGGAUUUGUCAGACGCAGCCCGGGACGUAGCUUCUAAUGCGAUUCCCUUUGGCUGGAAGCAGCAGAAAAUCUCUGCAUUCUGGAGGCAGGAAAGCGGCGUGGGGCAGGAGGCGCUGGAGCUGGGGCGGCUGGUGGACGAGACAGUCGGGGGUGGGUGAUGCAGAGGGAAUCCAGCGCAGGGCAGUGGAAGGGACGGUGAUGCCAGGAGGACUAGCGAAGAGGAGGCCAGAUAAUAAAGCCAGGGAAGAUGGGGGGGGUCAGGUCCCAUUGGAAGCUGUGACUACCUCUGUCCAUGGGGAAUUGCUGCUAAUGCCAGUCAAGCAAGUGACGUCCCAAAGGGAAGUGAGAAAAAACCGAAGCUAUUCAGAACGGUGUCGUCCCAGCGGGACUGUGGACUGGGAUCCCCGAGGAGAUGGCGGAGGCUUCCUUGUUACAGGGUCUGCAGGGCAUGUGGAAAGGGGUCACCUCCAGCUCACAGGGCCGGGUGGCACUGACAGCCUCCGGGGUUCCUCGCCCCACAGCUCCCAUUGACCGGCCUUCUCACUCCUGGAGAAAGCAGGGAGGCUGAGGGGGCGUCCGUCCAGCUCGAAGCCAAAAGGCAGCAAGCCAGGACUAAGGAUGUUACGUGUCAGGUAACUGACUCAUCGAAUAGUCGAUGCAUUUUUGCAUCGACUAUUCGAUGAGUCGAGAGGGCGCCUCCGCCUUUGAAGUGUAACAACAGCCCUAGGCCCUAGGCUGUUGCUACGCUUCGAAGGCGAAAGUGCCAAAGCCGGAGGUCAGCUAGAGAGUCCCCGCUGCUCCCGGGCUUCACCUGGCAUUUCAAAGCGGCAGCACCAUGCAGAGCCCGGGGUCAGCU